AUGCGUAAACAUCGAAAUUUCUUUCUGCUGCUUGCCGCUGAUGCGCUAUCCCCCUUUCCACCCUCUGUCAACUUAGUCGCAUCUCAGCGUCAUAGAAACAAUCUAAAAGGCCAGCACUGCUGUUAUGCCACGCACAGUGCUUUUCCAGUUCCUCAAAAUUCCCCACCCGACUUGGUGGAGCUCGGAUUUCUGCGCCCAAAACCACAGGAGCCAUCUAAUAGCUUAGGUCUGACCGCGGACGACCUCAAAGCGGAACAUGCGUUGAAGGAAGCUGUGCGAACACUAAAGACGCCUCGGCAGCUGCGUCUAUUCUUUGUUCAUCUCCUAGUCAACUCCUGCGUUCGCUCGCCCAUAUCCACCUGGCAUACCUUCCAGGAUGCCUUCGCGCUAGACCACAUUGUACGAAGCGAUAACAUCAACAUUGGUGUGAACCAAGCCUUAGAAGAGAUUGGUCGUUCGCUCGAGGAGCAUGGGAAGUCCUUAGGGGUUUAUGGGCUGCCAGAACCGGCUUUUCACAGUCGUGAAGUCGAGCUAGAGUUCGCUCAGUGGAAGGAUCGCGAGUUUUUGGCUACACGCGCUGCCAAAGCUACGGCGAAGCUGAAUGCAGAGCAAUAUCAGGUAUACUCGGAGAUUUUGGAUGCUGUCGAUGAUGGACGACCAUUGUGCGCUUUUGUAGAUGGGAAAGCAGGACGGGGGAAAACAUUCUUAGUAAACGCCAUAUGCAACAAGCUACGAUCUCUGGGGCGGAUUGUUUUACCAACCGCUACGUCUGGCUUUGCUUCACAGUUGUAUCCGGGAGGGAAAACGACGCAUUCGACAUUCAAGGUACCAGUUGAUGACGAAAUUGUUGAUCUGGAAUCUCCUAUUGAAGCACACGACCCUCGUGGAGAGCUCAUUCGCGAAGCAGCUGUCAUCAUAUGGGACGAGGCACCUAUGGCGAAGAGCUCUGUACUUAAAUGUGUGGAAGAAACAUGUCGAAGAGUUAUGUGCAACGAUCUCCCUUUCGGUGGCAAGGUUGUUGUUCUCCUUGGCGACUUCCGGCAAACAUGUCCAGUCAUCCGGCAUGGCACAAGGCGACAAAUUGUCAAUGCUUCCAUUCUAUCAUCUCCCUUGUGGCGGCAAUUUUCCCUAUAUCGACUCACACAACCUGUUCGCAAUGCCGAGGACAUGCCUUUUGCCGAGUUUGUCGAUUCUAUUGGUGAUGGGGCUGGUCCCCAUGUCCCUCUUGACAUGUUGGGGAAAGUAAGCCACAGAGACGAAUUGAUAGAUUUCGUUUAUCCUCAAACAACACUAGCGGACCCAGUCAAAUGUCUCAAACGCGCUAUCCUUGCACCGACGAAUGAUCAGGUAGAUGAGUAUAACGAAGAAAUCCUCAGUCGAAUCGACGGUGUCCAACGCACGUAUCAGAGCGCUGAUUCGCUAAAGGAGGAUGAAGAAAUCGAUGGUGUAUCCCCAGAGACCGUGCUUAAGAACGUGGAGCGAAUGCCUCUACCAGGUGUUCCUUCUCAUGGACUCACCGUGAAGGCCAACGGCGUAUACCGGCUGAUGUGCAAUUACGCCCCCGAUAGAGGACUUGUGAAAAAUACGCGGGUGGUCAUCAAAUCUCUAGGCAAGCGAAUCAUCACCGUCCGUAUUCUCAGGGGCCUCGCUGGUGUCAGUGUUUUGGAUGCAGAAGACAUACUCAUCUCACGGAUAUCUUUUACAACGCCGCUCGAGUCUGGGCACACUCUCGUGCGUCGGCAGUUCCCACUAUCACCAGCCUACGCAACGACAUUUAAUAGCUGCCAAGGGUUGACCCUUGAUGUUGUCGGUGUCGAUCUCACUCGACCUGUAUUCUCGCAUGGUUUUACAAUGCCCAUGCUCGGUUUCGGUGUUGCAUAUGGUUUUGACAAGCCGAUAGACACCAAGAUAAUCACCAAGCCGGCCCUUUUAGAAGCAUUUAAAACUGGAUAUCGCCAUGUCGACACAGCUCGAUCUUAUCGAAAUGAGAUUGAGGUGGGUGAAGCGAUUGAGGCGAGCGGGCUCAAGAGGGAUGACUUGUUCGUUACUACGAAGAUCCAUAGUGCCAUCCAUGGAUUCGAUAACACAAUCCGUACUGUUGAUUCUUCGCUAAAUGAUAUGGGCCUCGACUAUAUUGAUUUAUAUCUCAUACAUGAUCCCAAGGCCGGGUCAGAGCUCCGCCUUGAGACUUAUAAGGCCCUCCUUGAGGCAAAACGACAGGGAAAAAUACGCAGUGUUGGGGUCUCCAAUUACUCUGCUAAACAUCUCGAAGAGAUCGUCGCUGCAGGCUAUGAAUUGCCAUCCGUAAACCAGAUCGAACUGCAUCCGUUCUGCCAACAGAAGCCCAUUGUCAACUACUGCAAGGCGCACUCGAUAAUAAUACAGGCCUAUUGUCCCAUCGUCCGCGGGCGACUAGACAAUUCCGUCAUCCUUGGUGUAGCCCGUAAGUACAACAAGGACCCUGCGCAGAUCCUUUUGCGAUGGUCUCUCCAGCACGGGUUCGUGCCUCUCCCGAAAUCAUCCCAGCCUGCUCGCAUCUACUCGAACGCGGCACUGUAUGACUUUCAUUUGACGGAAGGAGACAUGUCUGAGCUGGACGCACUGGAUAAGGGCAACGAUGGAGCAAUUAGUUGGAAUCCUGUCGAUGUAGACUGA